CGAUGAAUGUAAAAGAGGGGGCGAGCGAACCAUGUCGGCUUCGGGCCCCAUCAGCAACUACUACGUGGACUCGCUGAUCGGCCCCGACAACGAGGAGCUGCUGGCCCCGCGCUUCGCCGGCCCCGGCGCCGCUCGCCCCGCAGGACUCGUGCCCGACUGCUCCGACUUCCCCUCGUGCAGUUUCGCCCCCAAACCCGCCGUGUUCACCACCUCGUGGGCGCCCGUGCCCUCGCAGCCCUCCGUGGGCUACCCGCACCCGCACCCGCACGCCCCGGGCCACUACGGGCCGCAAGCGGCCGAGCCCCCCAGGUACGUGCGGACCUGGCUGGAGCCGCUGGCCGGAGCCGUGUCCUUCCCGGCUUUCGGGGCUCGGCCUUACGGCCUCAAAGCGGACGCGUUCGGGCCGCGGGGACGCGCGGAGUGCGGCCCCGCCGACGGCCGCGCCUACGCGGAUUUCGUGUACGCGGCUCCCGGGGAGCUGCGGGAGCGAGCGGCGCAGAACAUCCCGUCCUCCCCCGAGUCCGAGGCCAUCGCCGCCGGCAAACACAAAGAAGAAAAGCACGAAUUAGACCCCAACAACCCCGUGGCAAAUUGGAUUCACGCGCGCUCCACGAGGAAGAAACGAUGCCCUUACACAAAAUAUCAGACCCUGGAACUGGAAAAAGAGUUUUUAUUCAAUAUGUACCUCACGCGGGACCGGAGGUACGAAGUGGCGCGGGUGCUGAACCUCACGGAACGCCAGGUCAAAAUCUGGUUUCAGAACAGGCGAAUGAAAAUGAAGAAAAUGAAUAAAGAGAAAAGCGAUAAGGAACAGCAAUAAUAAUAUUAAUAAUAAUAAUAAUAAUUAAAAAUAAUAAUAAUUAAAAAAACACCACCACACGAUAAAAAAAAGAACAACAAAAAGUUUGGCGGAGAGAAACGAGGGUGGAGAGGAGGAAAAAAGAGCAGCGAAAAAAAAGGGGGGAAAAAAAGGGAAAUAAGGGGGGAAAAAAAAAGGGAUGAAAUGUUUCUGACUUUGAAUGUGCGGAUGGAUGUUUAGAGGUAGAGGUUUGGGGGCUCGAGGCUUUUUAAAAAUUCGACUAAAACCAGAAAAAAAAACCCAAAAGAAAAUAAAAUAAAAGGAAGAUGCCCGGGGGAG